AUGUAUUAUACAGCUAGCCUGUUGGCCAUUUUGCUCGGUGCUUCGGUGCGAAAUGUAAAGUCACGCUACAUCUCACUCUCAUUCAAUGUGUCUCUAAAAAUGGACGAGGAUCGCCAAGAACAGCAGCAGCAACAACAAUCAUUUGAACGGCAACAAGAGCUGUCACGUCCAACACUCUCUGCUGCUGUCUUACGUUCAUGUAUGAAAGAAACCGAACUUUCUAUGUCUGAGCUAAAACGAUUUCGUCUAAGUUUGCUCACACAUGAUCUUGAAGUUUUGAAUAGCACCAAUGGCCAGACUACGGAACAGCCAUGUGCUGCUGAUGCGAAUGACUAUGAUUCAGUGCUCGAUGAAGACAUUAGUUAUGAAGAAAAUGCGCAAAAAAGGAACAUUGCGGUGUAUGAAGAUUCACGUUCACUAAAAGUUGGUGACAGUGGAGAUGAAGCGCUGCAAUGUUUUGCCUAUUGCCUCUACGAGCAAUUGGGUCUCUUUUCGAAGGGUGUGUAUAUGGAGGAGCAGCUCUUCGCCAAGCUGUAUGCGAUUGUUGGGCGUGAGAGGCAUUUGGUGAAGCAGUGUAUGGACUUGAAUGCCAUGAAUAUAUGUGAGUCUUCGUAUAAAAUGCAUUUAUGCUACGCACGCCUUAAGAGCCUCGAAGAGGAGAGUCAACUGCGCGAUGCACUUGGGUAUGGUGCCGAUGACAGAGUGAUGGAAGAGGAAGAAGCAAUUGAGGAUAAAGAAAACGAAGAAGAAGUUGAUACAACGUAG